AUGGCGAACAGCAUUCACAAUGCGUUCAACAUGGACGGAAAGAAACACUACCAGCCUGCUGCGUCGUACCAGGCAAUAAACACGACAACGCCUGCUCUCCUCGCGAAUUGUGGUACCAGAACGACCGGCGGAGAAGGUACCGUGACCGCGGUGGAACCGAAUCACUUAGUACCGGACAGCUCCUCUGCACCCUGGAAGAACGGGACAGGCGGAGGUUCCGCGUCGACCACCACGACCAGUGCAGCAGGUUCGCAAUUAUUGCAAGCUCCAGGCACGACCUCCGCCGUCGUGCCAGCAGGAGGUGCUGUUGGAGUUACCACACUGCUGCAAGCUGCCGAUCAUGUUGCGACGUCAAGUUCUACUUGUUUUGCCAAGAAGAUGGGGACCGCCUCUGCUCAGCCUUUCGCUCACUCAAUAGAGACGCAACUUCUGUCUGGAGCAGGAAGUUGUGCUUCGAGGGGGAUAACUGUGCUAGGGGCCUCCUCGUCUUCUACUUCCAACGGGGUGGGACCAUCAUCUGCUGGCUGUGGUUCUCUCGCUGCAUCAACCAACAGCGCAAGUGGGUGUGCGACGUCCUCGAUAACUACCCCGACAGCAACGGGAGGUGGACUAGCACAUCCACAUCAUUAUAGUAGCAGUGCAACUACUACUGCUUCUACACCAACUGUGAUCCUCACAUCUUCAGCCCACCAGCAGCUGGAGCAGGCGGGCAUCAAGAAACUAGCGGUGGGAAACAGCAAGAUCUUGCAGGCUCUCUGCUCGGGGUCGGCCGACAAACUGGAUUGGUCUUCAAAGAAAAACGGCGGCAAUCAUCUUCACUGGGAGGUACAGAAUUUCUCGGGUAGAUAGAAGUGGUUCUCUGGUAAUGUUGUUGUGUCUCCAUGUUACCAUGACACUCGUCACUCAAACAGUAGGCUUGGUUACGAUGAAGUUUACUGUUUGAUUUGUCGAACACUUUUGUCACGAUCAUUGAUUUUGUUUCAAGUCCCGUUGCCUUGUUAUCGUCUCUCCCUUCCCGAUGCGCAAAAAUCGCAUGGACUGAAUCACGUGAAAGCAUCUACAUCUUCUAUCUCCAGUCGUCCUCGCGAGCAGCCGGCGGGAACAACAAGCUUACAACAUCAGUACGAGCCCCGCCCCCGCAUCAACAGUGGACGUUGGAAAGCUUUCUCGGUCAUUGGACCUGCGACCGGGGGAACCGCAUUUCGGUACGUUGGAACCAUCAACAAGGUAGAGACCACCACCACCAGCAGUCCUUAAAGGUUAACGUGGACGACAACCGCUUUAACCUGUUCCUCAAAAAAGAUCCGGUCGUACAGAACAAGUUUUACUGUGGUCACUACACGCUCGAUGUGCGGCAAAGCGACCUGCAGAACGGGGUCGUCGUGUGGAUCGACGACCACAAAGCUGGGGGCAGUUCUUCGUACAAUAGUUGUGUGAAGCGCUGGAGGCGGGAUGGAGUUGUUGCAACAGGUGCUCCUGGUGGUAACCAACAGCAACAUCAACAGAGUCGGUCGAACGAUCAAAAUUCAGUCAACCAGAAGAAUUCAUCUUAUCAUGGACAACAUCAGCACCAUUUUCACAAGACGGACACUAACACCUCCUCGACGACGCACAGAGCCAGUCCGAAUUCAGUAGUUGGCAAGAACUACAAUAAUUCGUCGCAGCAGCAGCUGCACCGAGACCAACAAAGAAGCGGCAACGGGAACAGCGGCAGUUUUGCUUUCACCCGCGGUCAGGGGCAAGCGAAGCGGGUGUACAACAAUAACAAUUCCAACGGCAGAAAUGGAACAAGUCGAAGUACAACGAGCCACGGAAAUCUUUAUCCAAAUCAGCACCAAAACAACUACAACAGGCGAAACAACGGACGCGGGGGCGGGGGCCGCGAUAGUUAUCGGCACAAUCAUGCCGGUACUAGAGGUGGACAAUCGUUUCAACAAAAAAACAACUACCCCAAGAAGAACACGACGCUGAACGACCGCCCGACAAAGUCUCCGGUGUCCUCUGGGGUCCAGGAACUGCCCCCACAGAAAGGGGAGCAGCCGCAAAAGGUGGAACAAGCUGCAUCUUCUGCACAAGAAGACGCCACCACGAACAAAACUCCCUCGUCUGGAGCUGUCGUUCAACAUCCUUUCUCGACUUCGACGAAAGAAAAUACUAGCACGGCUGGCGACGUAAACGCUCUCCCAGCUUCCUCUUCUUGCGCACCACCGCCGACGGCGUCUGCUGGUAGUGGUAGUGCCACGAGUGCAGCUGUGGUUGGUUCUUGUACUCCUGGAACUACUAGCCCGGCGCCUGCGGAGCAGACAGAAAAGCAGGCAAUAUUGGUACCUGCAGGUCCAAAAAGAACUUCUGCAGCACCAGUGGCUCGCACUUAUCCACCUGAAGCAGAGAUGAAGACCAACACGGUAAAAACACCACCAAGUUCCACUGCUGAAGAUGAAGCAACAGAAGCGCUGCGAAGAGACGCCGCCACCUCAACGGCGACUAGUGCUACCAAACAAGAUAGUACGACAUCCCACCCACCUCCGCCGGCGUCUGCCUUUGACGUCGAUACCCCCAGUCUAUUGAGAGAGCCAAUGUUAAUCCACCCGCCUCCCGGGAAUAAAGCGGCCAGUAGUUGUACAGGUGAAAUCGCUACAGAAAUAGGAAUGACAGCUGGUGACCACGCGACUUCGGGAACAACUAGUGAUCAACAUGAUACUGCCGAACGACCAGCAGCAGCAGCUGCAAGUAGAUCAUCAAGUCGUGAUAGGUUGAAAACGGUAGCCGCUUCUCUGCGGAUUGACGAGCGAAGCCUGAAUCAGCACGGCCAAAUGAACAUGGAGAAGGUGCUGGAUACGACAUCUUCAGCUCCUGCCCCCAUGGGCGGGGCCGGAGAAAUAACUACAACUAGUCGGGACGAGGAGGACGACAUAGACGGGGUCCCAAUUAUAAGCGAAAACCUGAACUACAUCCGAGGCCCUGCUGCAACUCCAGUGCCAGCACGACCUGCUGCUGGUGCAGACGAGAAUCAAGCAAAGUCUCUGCCGUGCUCGAAUGAGAAUCUCAAUCUUGAUAACGACACGCACCAAGACCUCAACCGCAAGCAGGGCUUUGCGUCCUCGUCGUCUGAAGAUCAAGAUGCUAACGCAAAAGUGGAGCAUCAUGUUGCUUCUUUGUCUUGUUCUCUGCCUGCUGCAUCUAGUUCUAGCACAGCGAGUGUUACAAUGAAAGCGGAACAAGAAGAUGCCGACGCGUCGAAGAAACCACAUCCAGGAGAACUUCAGGAGACACUUGUUGCUGCGGAUCACGAUUUUUGCUGCAACUCAACGACCGUGUGCGGAUCUCCAACGCUGUCAGCUUCGGGAGUAGAGGUUCCGCCAGCUUCCUCCCCGCAAGUAGGAACGUGGUCGGACGAAGGUGCUCUCGUAGAGCAGCAGCCGGUGGACGAUGUUGAAAAAACGGCGGGAAAAUCUUCUUCUGCGCAUGAUCACAAUCUCGUUUGUGACCAGCAUUCUGCAGAUGAAACUUCAGCUGUGAGCAGCACGACCUGCGAGGCUGCUGUGGCGGUAGAACAAGUUGUUCCGCCUUCUUUUGAUUCGUCAACUAGAACAGGCUGCGAAAGUGUUCUGAAACAAGCCGACGAGAGCAGAGCGAGCAGCCGCACCAGCGACAAAGCAGAAGCGAAGAACACUGCAACCACUUGGCUUCCUCCUGGCUCCUGUGGAGGUCUGGAACAAAGUGCUGCUUCUUCACUUCCAAAAAACGACUUUUUUCCCGGCAAUCAUGACGCUCCUGGCGCUCAAAAUAAAUACGACCAGGGGAUGAAGAUGAACUUGAACGUCGUGAAAACAGAAUCUUUCUCAAACAUUAAACCUGCAACCUCUGACGCUGACCUUUGGGCCUCUGCUUUUUGCGCGAGCCCGAGAAACAAUAAAGGUUCAGCGAACAACGCCCAGAGUUCCUUCGCGUCGUGGACCGCACUGGGGAGGCAGGUCGGCAGCGGACUAACGCAAGCUGCAAGGGAGAAGGAGCGGAAGAAUAGGGAGAACGAGGCUCGUCCUGGUGUUGAGAAGAACGCAGUCGACACCUCGUGCUCCGGGAAGGCACCUCCCGUUGUGGGAAGUGGCAGCACGACGAGAAAACAGGCAGUGGCAGUUACACUUCGCGAAGUACCUGUUGCAGGGACGGUGGUCGAAACUGCCUUGCAGGCAAAAGGUGCUUCGCAAAACGAAAAGGCAAAACAAGGAAGCUGUCUUGAGAAAGCGAGCGAAUAUUUUCUUGAAGAGGCUGCGACAAGCGAAAGCAACACGGCGACGUGUGCAGCUGCAACUUCCAGAGAGAAAGCAAACGCGGCGAAAGCGGAGGAAAAAAACAGAAAGCCCUGCCCUGACGACGACGCUUCGGCUUCUGAGAAGAAGAACAAACUUGCCUCUAUUUCAAAGGUUCACGACGUCCGGUACGACCUCGUGGCACAUCCGGGCGAGGUGAUGACUUUAGGCUCCGGCGCACGACCCAUGGUUAAUACUGGAGCUCGGGUGGAAGUGGAGGCCACUGCGCAGCAGGAGAUGAAGGCGGGAGCCGUUCCACAAGAAAAUGAGCAGCGGCAGCAGUCAGCGCCGUCAGAAAAAGUUGUAAACAAAGACAAAGUACCACCCUCUACUUCUGCAGCUGAGCCUGGUGCUGGUAUCAUCUCUACUGAGAAGUGUGCCGCGACUUCUUGUUGUGCCGCAACGCGGGCUCCGUCGACGGCUCGGUCUUGCUCGAGAAAUUUCAAGCAGCGCAAAAGGAGACCGAGCAAAGAGAAAGAGGCUUAUUUUUCCAGAGAAGUAGAGCCGUCCUUGGUGGUCGAUGGGCAAGUAGCACAAGCAGGAAACACGCGUUCUCAAUACGAGCAGAUGAACAAUGGAUCUGCCAAGACGAGAACAAGCAAAAGUUUCAACACGAAAAACCAUAAGACGAGAACAGCAAGCGGGGCGGAAAGCAGAGCAAGCAAAAAAAGGAAAGAUGAUCCCGAAGCGAAAGCAGACGCGUCGCCGUUGCGGUUGCCAAAUCACGAAAAGUACGAUACCGAUGAGGACUCACCACUAGAAUCCAGCUAUUAUUCGUCCGACGAUGUUGAAGUGGACUCUUUUUCUUCCUCUGCCCAGCGAUCGCGAUCUUGGUCCUCUGAGUAUUGCAGCAGUCGAGACGAUGACGGGGUUGUAGUGGAACAAGCAUCAAGUUCAAGAGUGGAGAAAAACCAGCGUCUUGAUUCAUCUCCAUCUGGCGAAGAUCUUCGUCCACGUCCUGCAACGAAUUUUGGUGAGAAAAGUGAACAACAGCGCAAGCACAGCGACGCGCAUGUUGAAGUUGGAGCAGCUCCUCAUGAUCUCCCUUCUGUCGGCCCUAGUAAAGAAGAGGACGCGUCAAAAAGUAAGAUUCAGACGGAGAAGAUUCCUAUCAAGUCGCACCAAGAGCAAGAAACUGAAAUCCAGCACUCGCUCCGUCUGCCAAAUUUGAACGGAAGUGAUAAGCGUCGUCGCAGCGUUGCUUCCUCCCAGCGCGAGAAGGAACCUAUUCUGGAUUCCACCCGCGAGCCGCCUUCUUCUCGGCAGAAGGAUCGGAUAAAGCUAGAGCCUGCACCAGCACACAAUGUUGAAAAUGAGGGUGGACGACGACCUGCUUCAAGCGAUUUCGAGGACAAUAAAGGUGAUGAGGGGAGGACUAAAGCUGAAAGGAACAAAGAAUGCGGCAACCAAGUUGAAAGAAAUCAUGUACAGGAUUUGCCGGCAAGUCGACCACGACGGCGCGGAGGUAGAGGCGGGCGAGGCGGCGCUAAAAAUGAAGGCCGUCACCAUGAGGUUCGUGGACACUCGCGACCACGAGAAGCAGGUCGAUCGAAAAAUCAUCAUCUCCACCGCGGAACGAGAAGCGAUAAUCGACAAAGGAGUGCAGUUUGCGGCGCUGCUAAAGAUGAAAAACACAAAAACAAGCUGCAAGUCGAGUCGCGUAAAACAAAAACCCGGUACGAUGAUCAAGAUGAUCUUCUUCUUCAUCCCCAGAGGUCGUGGAAGCUGAAUGAGGACCAAAAGACGCUGAUGAGCACGGACAAGGAUCAUGUUGUUUCAUCUCUUCGUAGGACGAGACGAGCGAGCCGUAGCAGGAGCGGGCGGCGUGGCGACCACAGGUGGAGUGCUGGUCGUGGGGACUCCACGGGUACGAAGAAGCGGAAAGCGAGAAACGCCUUGGAUUUACUGCAAGGAACGAGAGCUGUUGCGGGAGCUGGCGGUGAAGAACUGCAUAAGAAUCGCACGACUAGCAGUCGUGUUUACAAGAACUCAACAAGACCUAAAUCGAGACACUUUGAGCUCGAGGAUCGAGAUGAAGACAGUUGUGAGCAGCGCCACCUGAAGCCCGCCACCUCCUCCUGCGCAUCCAAAUUGGACACGCCCAACAACUUAAAACACCGCUCGAAACGCAGCGGUCGCGGAGGUGCACAAAAAAGCAGGAAAAGAACUAAAGAUUCUGCCAGUUGUAGCAGCGAUGGGGAAAGCACUCCUGGAUAUGAAGAUAAGCGGGCUGAUGUGAUUGACCGGCGCAAAAAACGAAAAAGAAGCCAGCGUGACGGCGGUUCUUGCAAAAUGAUCGCCACGUCUUUGGACCGGCGAAGAAAAAGCAGUGACCAAAGUAGCAGCUUGAGCUCCUCAAGAAGUCGAAAUGAAAAAAGCGACAUACUUUCCUCCUCAGAAGAUGAAGAUUAUGACGUCGAUGAUGGCCGUAAUAAAGUAGCAAGCCGAAAACAAGGUCAAGUUGUCGAUCUGAAGAACAAGCAUGAAGACAGGAAACGCUUGGCAAUAAAACCUGUCCGGAAAGUGAAAAUUAUUAGGGCACACGACAAGCAAAAGCGCGAAGAAAAAGCGGAAGAAGAUGAAGAUGAUGCUUCCGAAAAAAAGCAAAAGCACGGACUACGGGGCGGGAAAACGAAAAUCAAAAGAGCAGAACAACGGCAACGGGUCGAGGACAAGAGCGUGAAUUUCGGUAGCAUCAUUCUGAAGCGAAACAAGAAUCGCAAUCCCACACCUCCAGUUGUGCAGCUGCGUAAGAACAAACACACUGCUACGCCCGUCGGUGCUGGGGCAAGAGAUGAAGAACGACGGCGCAAGAGAUCCAGGUCGACGUCUUCAUCAGCGGAGGAUCAAGAUCAUCACGAUGCGGUCGGAAAGCAGCAUUCGAGAGGAGCUGUCGUGGUACAAAGUCAUUAAAAUGGUUUUUAAGCAGGAUUACUACUACUAGCCACGAACUUCUUCGCAUUUAUUGCGGCUUCGUUCAUUCUUUAGCCAUUAAAAAAUGUAGAUAUACGCAGCGCGGUUGCGUCGAUAGUCAGUGUUAGAAAUGGGAUUAGAUAUUGAUGCGCCCCGACGUGGAAGGAAGAGACACUGCACAACCUUCUGGAAAAAUAGAGCAAGAAUCUGAACAUCAGGAACCAUCUUUGACUUUGACUUUUCAGGUGAAGCGAGGUCCUGGCAACAUGAUACGCAGCAGCGAUCCACCGGUUCUUCUUGAAGAGGUAGCUGAGCCUAAAGGUCCCCCGCAAGAAAAGGAGAAGGAGGACGCGGAAGCGGUAGAAGUGAGUCCCAUUACGCCCCAUGAAGAUUCCGCACAAAAACGCCUCCGGAAGGCUGUAAGUUCGGACAAGUAAGAGAUGACAGACGGGAGUGCUGAUGCAGCUGUGGUCUAGUACUACAACUGCUUCUCUUUCUGAUCAAUCUCCGCGAGCAGAGGCAUCCGCGUUUCUGUGUUGCUUUGGUUUGCCGACCUUGACGAUCUUGAUUAGCUUCGACUUGUUUCUGCUUCCUUUCUACGACACAACAUAGAGGAAGAACGAAUCCCCCGGAAAACGAAAUAAAAAGUGCUGCGCCAACCCUUCUUGUUGAGUUCGUUGCGGGUGCUUUUGGUUUUAUAUUUAUUUUUGACUCAGAUUCAUCACGUGAACAAAAUUGAAACGACUAGCUACAAAUUAACCCCCGAGCUACAACCGCGUACUGAAUUUCAUUUUCAUAGAAUUUGAACCCAGGACGGCAAUUAUGAUGUUCUGCAACAGCUUUAAUAGCUCUUUGAGUCAGCGUGAACCGCCGCCCUGGCCCGCAUUGGCAAGAUACUGACGGGCCACCUUGUGGCGGUACUACCAGAAUGCUAUACACGACCUUCUUUUUCAAAACUGUAUCUAAAGUAAAAAACGAACAUAGCCAAGAUGAAAUGAAGAUUUCCUUAUUUUCUGAAAAAUUCGUAAUCACCCCCGGCGAGCUUGUUCUAUGUCAGUACUUUUGUCAGUGUCCGCAUGGAUAAUUAUGGCGAUGGGAACGCAUCACAUCAAGUUUGACGGGGAAUCGAUGUCGAUGCUUGUCCACUUCUAUCAUGAGGGCAACCGCAACCUGUGGUCACCCUAUAAUUUCUUCGACACUAAUUGACCCCACAUUUGGGUACAUCAUCAAUUAACAUUCUUUGGAGAGUCUAGUUCACUAAUGGACCACAGCCAGCACUUCAACUUCUCGACGACAAAUACAUACGUAGCUAAAUUCUUCUUACUUACAUAUUCUGACGAAACAGGAGCCUGCCAGCGGUCGUUCUGAGCAGUACACGACGAGGGCUCCAGUGUAUCUUUCUUUCCAACUACAGCUGCUGAAGAUCUUCGAGCUUCUUCUCCUCUAUCUUUCUCACUACGUACCAACCAAAAUUCUGCUGGACUUUGUUCACCUCAUAAAAAAAAUCACCUGUACACUACAAUCAGAUAAUUGGUCCCUCUCAGCCAUGCGAUGUGCUGGCGACAAAACAACAGAACCAGACGGACCUCUGAUGACCAAAAUGUAUCACGACGCCGUGCGAUUGCGAAUGAUGAAGAGCAUUAUGUAUAAGACGUCG